AUGGGAGAAAGGGCUCAACGAAGAGAAGUCAGCUAUCGAUCUGCAUGCACAGAGUGUGCACGCCGCAAGCAAAAGUGCAACCGUGAGUGGCCGUGCAGCGGAUGCCAGAAACGCAAGGUGGCCGACAAAUGUCGUUUCAAGGACACCAACCAGCCAACUGCGGACAAGGCUGCCUUGGAUAGACUGAGAAAGAACCGUAUCAACAACAAAACCAGCCCGGACUUAGUCGAAACCGAUAUUGAAGGCACAAGAAGCGAUGCUAUUGACACUUUGGGUUAUAUGCCUUCUCAUCUUCUUUUUGAUCUGACGUCGGAACACAAGACCACCAGGACUACGUCACAAGAAUUCGUGAAGGAUCCUAGAAGUUUUCCACAGCUUGAAAGAGCUCUGAAAGCCGUUCCCUCUAGGCCUUACACCGACACACUUGUCCAGAACUUUCUCGGUAAUGUCAACUACCACUACUACAUCGUCUAUCCGCCUACUUUCAUAGAGCAAUAUCAACUAUGGUGGACAGCACGAACCGAGAACCGUCCUCUGAGCGUCCAAUGGACUUGCCUUCUCCUCACAGUUUGCGCAUGUGCCUCGCAGUAUACCGAUGUCGAAUUGCAGAGGAAUCUUGAGGUUGGCCUCAGUGAUACGAUCCAGUGUAUAAGUGAGCGGUUUCAUGAAGCUGCUCGAGAGCUAGGAAGCGCUGUACCCCUUGGUCAUGGUCACAUUAUCAAUGUCCAGCAACUCCUGCAUUCUUGUUACUGGUUCAAAGCCGAAGCCCGUUUUAUCGAAUGUUGGCAUGUUUUGAACGCUGCUAUUCGAGAAGCCCAAGAAUUAUCCAUCCAUCAAGAAGGCAAGGCAGGCUCCAUCUCAGAAUUUGACCAGGAAGUAAGGCGGAGAAUCUGGUGCAUUCUGGACACUUGGGAUUGGCAGGUUUCGACACUGUUGGGUAGACCUAUGAUUAUCGACCGAGCCGACUGCGAUGCCAGCCUUCCAAGUCUUGGCUUGGAAGGAUGUCAAUACUCCCCUCUAUUACACAUGAAGAUGCAAUGCAGCGUAAUACGACAAUUGUUUAGAAGAUUCGGCUCGCCCAAAAACGUCAUGGUCCAUGCAGAUGUCCAGGAAUACCAGAGCAUCAUUGAGACAUGGAUCGCAACCUUUCCACCUCCCUUCAACGUCCAGCAUCCGGACAGAUCCUCAGACGUUUCGUGUCCCUGGAUAGUCCUUCACAGGCAUAUACUGCAUACCGUGGCAUUUUCAAUGCUCCUACAGCCUAUCCGUGGCUUCCUUACAAGACCGUUUGCUAUACGAUCCUUAGAGGCAGAGCUGCAAAUACGCAACGACGGCAUCAACUACUGUCUAGAGCUGAUGGCAUCUUUGCGUAGAUUUUUCGAACAUGUCUAUCCCCGAGAUGCCAAAUUCCAUUUUGUUCUCUUUUGCAUUUUCGACAUCUCGACAGUCUUAUGCUCAGCAGUUCUUCAUGAUGAGCAUCAUACACUUCCUCGACGAGACGGUGUUUACAAAGCCAUCGAUGAGGCGCAUGCCAUGUUGCAGGGACUUAGGAUGGUGACUAAAUCAGCCAAGGCAUCACAUGGAAUCCUCACUCGAAUCGUUCAGCGUCUCCCACGACCAACGAUAGCGCAUAGCAUGGCUAGCAAAAACCCUGUGCCCCAGAGACCUCAAGCUCCCCCAGAAGCUGCUGCAUCACCACAAACACUAUCGCCAGGAAGCGUAUCACAUCCGCAAAAUUCCCCUCCGGCAGCAACUUUCUCACCUUCUCCCAUUAUUAUCCCUACGCCCGUGGCACCCUCUCCAGUAUACACCUUGGGAGGUGUUCCUGCUGUGGGUGGUGACUUUGUGCCUCCCAUGGCAUACGCUGCUCCUGCACCAUGUGCUGACUGGCAGCCGCAAUUGUACAUGCAGAACCCAACAGGUUUUGUGUCCGCAGACCUGCCCCCUCAGGGCCCUGUGUUUGCGAACAUCUCAGACGAAGAGCUGGGAGAAUUGGCCAAUUUAUGGAAUUAUCAGUCUCUUGACUUCAGCUUCAUGAGCACAUAA